AUGUCAGGAUCAGAGGCAAUACAGCUUUUGAACCAAUCUAGUGGAUAUGGAAUACUUGUUGGGGUUGGUGCCUUAUUUGCAAUUGGUAUGAUUUUAACUACAAAAUUGUUAGAAAAAUAUCUUCAUGAGGAUGCAAAAUCAACAGAAGUCUUCAUGGUCGCCAAUAGAUCAGUAGGAAUUCCCUUAUUAUCCAGUUCAGUUUAUUCGAGUUGGACUUGGGCAACUGAGUUAUUAUGGGUAUGUACUAUGGUGUAUAACUAUGGAAUUAUGGCAUCCUAUUGGUAUUCGGCUGGGCUCGCAGUACAAAUCUGUCUUAUGGCGUUGAUUGGAAUUGAAGCUAAGAAAAAGAUUCCAGCUUGUCACACUUCUUUAGAGAUUGUUGGUUUAAGAUAUGGAAAGGCUUGUCAUAUACUAUAUAUGUUCUUAUCAUUAACCAAUAAUUUGCUAUCAUGCUGUUCAAUGAUAGUCGGAGCUGCUGGGGCUAUCUCAAUAAUUGCUGGCAAUUUACACAUAGUUGCCAGCACAAUGCUUAUACCGUUCGGAGUGUUAUUGUAUACUACAGUCGGUGGACUAAAAGCUACUUUUUUGACUGAUUUUGUUCAUUCGUUCAUAUUGUUAAUUAUCUUAUGCUAUGUCGAUACAUCUAUUCUUUCGUCGAAAGAAAUUGGAGGGUUAGAUGGACUUUAUGAUUUGGUUAUUAAACAUGAAUCAGACAGAUAUAUCGAAGGUAACUACAACGGAUCUUUCUUGACAGGAAAGUCACAGGGCGCAAUUUUUUUUGGAAUCAUUUUAACCAUUGGAAAUUUUGGACUAACGGUAAUGGAUUCGUCUUUUUGGCAGAAAAGUUUUAGUGCUAACACAAGAGCAAGUUUGCCAGGUUAUCUAAUUGCAGGCAUUUUUAUAGUCGCUAACGUCUGGGGUCUAGGAUCAAUCGUAGGAUUAUCAAGUAUUGUAUUAGAGGGAACUCCUACUUUUCCAACUUAUCCUAGAAAAAUGACGGCCUCUGAAGUUAGUAGUGGAUUUGUGUUACCUUAUACAGUUAAGGGUUUAUUAGGAAAUGGUGGUGUAGGAGCUAUUCUAUUGGUUGUAUACUUAGCUGUUACAUCUACAGUCAGUGCACAGAUGAUAUCCGUCAGCAGUAUUUUAUCCUUUGAUAUUUAUAAAAAAUACAUUAAUCCUGAUGCUCAGAAUCAUCAAAUGAUCAGAGUCAGCCAUUUUGGUGUUAUAUUUUUUGGCUUAUUUUCAGCAGGAUUUUCGGUUAUGUUACACUAUGUUGGUGUUGAUAUGACAUGGCUUGGAUAUUUUUAUUCAAUGAUUAUUUGUCCUGGAGUGAUUCCAUUGGUAUUCACCAUCACAUGGAGCAGACAAACAAAAUUGGCUGCUUUUAUAUCUCCAAUUAUUGGGCUUGUUAGUGGUCUCGUCGUAUGGACCACUACAGCGUACCAUUAUUACAGCGAAGUUACUGUUGCAAGUCUUGGUGGUCAAUUGCCUUGUAUGUUUGGUGGUUUAACUGCUCUAUUUUUACCUGGAGUAGUUAGUAUCAUUGUAAGCUUGACAAUAAGACCAUAUAAUUUUGACUGGAAUGAGUUAAGGCAAGCAGAACUUAUUGUCUCGGAAGAAGAUGAAAAUACUAAUCAUAGAAUAGAGAUCAGUAGCUCAGAAAAGUCGAAUGAUGACAAGGGAAAUACUGACAAAGAAAAUCAAACGACAAAUGUAAGAAAUAGAGACGCUGAAACCGAUAGUGAUAAUAUAGUGUUUGAUGAGAAAAUCGACGGAGAAGAACAAAAACGAAGAUUAUUAUCGACAUAUCUGAAACUAGCUUAUGGAGCAUUUAUAUUUGCCCUUUUAAUUAUGUGGGUACUUUGGCCAUUGCCGUUGUACAGGGAUUGGAUUUGGAGUCGCGCAUAUUUCAAGGGAUAUAUCACAGUAUCACUUAUUUGGGUAUAUGGAGCGUUACUAGUAAUCGGAGUUUAUCCUUUGAUAGAUGGAAGACACUCCGCUGCUAAAAUAAUAAGAGGGGUAUAUAAUGAUUACAUAAAGAGAAAUUAA